UCAAAGUUUUACCGGCACGGAUCCAUCGGAUCCGAUUAAUAAGAUCGAACCCGUCUCUUAUGUAUUUGGGAUUGAGAAGGAUCAUCAGCAGAUAACUGAACAGGCUUGAACUAAUGAAAGGGAUGACGCUAUUCGUUGCUUUGGUUGUUAUAAUCCUCUUCAUAUCGUCGUCGGCCGUCAAUUGCGAAUCGGACGGCGACGGACAAUGGCAGACACUAACGAAGCAGAACUUUUCUUCUCAGAUCAGGCUCCAUCCACACGUCCUCGUCUUAGUCUCCGUUCCCUGGUCUGGGGAAUCUCGAUCCCUGAUGAAGGAAAUAAGCCGUUUGGUUAGCGAUCGGCUAGAGGAGUUUGAGUCUCUGAAGUUGAUGUAUAUGCAGAGGAACAAAGAGAAGUUGCUAGCGGAUGCUAUUGGAGCUACAGAAGGAAUAAUUACGAUAUUGUACUACCAUCACUCUUCAUCUUAUAAGUAUCAAGGCAAACUGAUUGCUGGAAAUAUACUCUCUUCUAUUGUUCCUUACAUGUCAGUUUCACCUCAUGAAAUUCCCCUCAAAGCUCUGAAGACUCAAGAGGAACUGAAAAUGUUCCUGGAUUCCACGGAUAAGGCUUUGAUACUCCUUGAAUUCUGUGGAUGGACCCCUGAGUUGAUGGCUAGGAAGAAGAGGAACGCAACUGGUAGUGGGGAUUUUGCUGUAGCGGGCUUCAAUGGAGAUGCUGCUAGGAUUCCCGUUCCUGGUGGAAAGGAGAACCAGAAGGGGAUAGAAAUUGCAAGUUUGAAAUGUAGCGCCCAAGAUGGGUUUGGUGGAAUUCCUUGGCUAGGUGAAUUUAGCUCAGUAAAUGGCAGUUCUCCUUUCCACGACACUGACAAUGUAAAGCCCACUGUUGGAUUGUCUUCUUGUACCUUUGAAGAGUUUCAGCAAUUUGAUUCUUUCUUAUCAGGAUUCAUCAAUGUUGCAAGAGAAUUUUUUCUGCCUUCUGAAAGGUACAGAUUUGGUCUGGUUUCAGAAAUAUCGUUGCUUUCAUCUCUUGGUGUUGGGGAUUCUGGUUCAUGGUCCACAAUGCUUUAUGUUAAUGGAUGUCCAAGCUGUUCAAAGGUUCUAAAAGAGGGGGAUGACCUUAAGAAUGUUCUACUGAUGGGUGAAUCAAUGGUCACGGAGCUGGAAGGUAAUGGACAAGAUCUUGAUCCUGCUGUACCUGCAAGUAAACCAUCACUACUUCUGUUUGUAGACAGAUUCUCCAACUCAGCAGAAACUAAAAGGCGUAGUAAGGAAGCUCUUGACACAUUCCGAACAUUAGCACUAGAAUAUCAAAUUUCAGAUCAGAUAGACCAGCAAAAUAGUGACAAGCCUGAAAGAUCCUCUGCGCAGCUUAUAUCUGGGCAUCCUAGGUUAAAGCUAUCACCUAUGGCACAGAAGAUUAAAUUAAAGGAGAAGAUGUCAGUCACGAUUCUAAAUGAGGGUAAAUAUACCAUACGAGGCAGCUCCUUGCAUGAAAUCUUGACAUACCUGCUUCAGCAAAAUAAAGAAGCAAAACUUAGUUCAAUUGCCAAGGAUGUGGGUUUCCAACUUUUAUCUGAUGAUUUUGAUAUUAAAACUGAUAAAUUACCAUCAGAACCACAGGUGGAAUCAUCUGAAGUUUCAGCAGAACCACAGGUGGAAUCAUCUGAAGUUUCAGCAGAACCACAGGUGGAAUCAUCUGAAGUUUCAGCUAUAGUAUCUGAGGAAGACCUUGCCAAAAGUAGUGCUAAUCUAGAUGAGGAUUCUGCUUCAAAUCAUGACCAAAGCUACCAGCCUACUGAUAUUGAAUGCCCUUCUCCAAAUGAUGAGGAGGAUAUAAGUAGACAUUUAAUAUCUACAAAACCUGACCAACCUGUGUCAGGUGAUGGGCUAGCUAUUUCAGUUGUAAGUGCAGAAGAAAAAGUUUCUAUACAAGUAGACCAGUUGAAGGAAGAACAGCAUCAAUUUCAAAGUUUUAAGGGUUCUUUCUUCUUCUCUGAUGGAAACUACCGGUUGCUAAGAGCUUUGACUGGUGAGACAAAGGUUCCGUCCUUAGUAAUAAUAGAUCCAAUUUCACAGCAGCAUUAUGUCCCUGAGCAGAAGAAUUUUGGCUAUGCUUCACUGGAGGAUUCUAUUCAUAGGUUCCUUAACGGAAUUCUUACCCCAUACCAACAGUCUGAGUCUGAACCUGAAAACCCUAGAGAAGGAACUCGUCCACCUUUUGUUAAUGUGGAUUUCCAUGAGGCAGAUUCUAUCCCUCGAGUUACAGUUCGAACUUUCACUGAGCAGGUUUUUGGUUUUAAUCAAUCUGAUGAUGAUAAUGCUUGGAAAGAGGAUGUGCUGGUCCUGUUUAGCAAUAGUUGGUGUGGAUUUUGUCAGAGAAUGGAGUUGGUUGUUCGUGAAGUUUAUCGGGCCAUAAAGGGACACAUGAACAUGUUGAAGACAGGAUCUUGGAACGGUGAAAGUGAAACAGUGGUUAAUGAUAGCUUGAAGAAUAAUAAUAUGAAGUUUCCAAAAAUCUUCUUAAUGGAAUGCACAUUGAAUGAUUGCAGUUUGAUUCUAAAAUCAGCAAAUCAGAGGGAAGUUUAUCCUGCUCUAUUAUUAUUUCCAGCAGAAAGGAAGACCUCUGUAUCUUAUGAAGGAGACAUGGCAGUAGCUGAUGUUAUUAAGUUUAUGGCUGUUCAUGGAAGUAGCUCUCAACAUCUUACCAAUGAGAAGGGGAUUCUAUGGACUCUAGCCGAAAAAAGUAGCAAGUCUCAUUCUAAAGAUGUAUUACCAUCCACAGUUCGCAAGGACGCUCCUGUUGGAAAGGGCAAAUACCAUGAAGUCCUAUUAAAGAACCGGACACCAAGGAGAUCCGUAGACUUCAGCGAUAUCAAGUCACACGCAUCCAAAGACUUUCAUGAAACAAUUCCUAACGUGCUGGUUGGCUCAACCCUUGUUGCUACUGAAAAACUCGCAAUGCCACCAUUUGAUAAAUCAAUGGUUCUCAUUGUGAAGGCAAAUAAAAAUACAGGAUUUCAAGGUCUGAUUUAUAAUAAACUUAUCAAAUGGGAGUCUCUGGAUGAUCUGGAGAAAGGGUUUGAGCUACUAAAAGAAGCUCCUCUUUCUUUUGGCGGUCCACUUAUAAGACGAGGAGCGCCUUUUGUUGCUCUAACAAGAAGACUAAUCAAAGAUCAAUUACCCGAAGUCGCAUCAGGUAUCUACUUCCUUGAUCAAAAAGCCACACUCCAUGAGAUUGAAGAGCUGAAGUCUGGAAAUCAAUCCAUAGCUGACUACUGGUUUUUCUAUGGGUAUGCAAGUUGGGGCUGGGAUCAGUUGUAUGAAGAGAUUGCUGGAGGAGCUUGGUAUAUAAGUAUGGACAACAUGGGACAGUUAGAAUGGCCUGGAAGUCAUGUUUGAGGCAUGCUUUAUUAUACUGACGUGUAGUAGAGAUUUGAAGUUUCUAGAACAGGGAACUAUUUUUUAUGGUAUAGAGUAUAGAGAAGAGUUUAAGGUAUAGAGAAGAGGUUAAGGAUACAUUCCGCAGGUUAUGUUUCUAGUUAAUUGAAUUUCUUGGAAAAGAAAAAUUGUUGAUUUUUUUCUCUUUA